AUGCUGGGUGCCCUCUUGCAGCGGAGGAAUAUGUCCCAGAAGUUGAGUGUGCUGCUGCUGGUAUUUGGCCUGGUGUGGGGACUUAUGCUGCUCCGCUACACUGUGCAGCAGCCUCGCCAUCAAAGCAGCGCCGAGUUGCGCGAGCAGAUUCUGGAGCUUAGCAGGCGAUAUGUCAAGGUCCUGACAGAGGAGAACCAGAACGCACCAGGGGGUCCACAAGGACCCUCCAUGGCAGGUUAUGCGGAUCUGAAGAGGACUAUAGCGGUGCUGCUGGAUGACAUUCUGACCCGCCUGGUCAAACUGGAGGGGAAAAUUGAACUGGCAGUGAAUGCCUCUGCAAACACCUCCCACACAGCAGCAGGAGUCCUUGCCUUUGCUCCUGGAGGCCUGCAGAAAGCCUCAAAGCAGGAGGCACCUGGGCCGUCACGCCUUCACCCACACAUCCCCAACAGACUUGGACCGCAUUAGGACACACUUGUGUAGACCUUUG